GUUGGUGUGUAGCAGUAUGGGUGACAUGGAGGAAUGGCCAGAAAUAGAGAAAGCAGCGACAGAGAAGAGACGUGAGUUGGUUUUCCAGGGUCCAGCUGUCGACAAGAGAAUUUCCUCUAACGGGGGACUCGCCUCUGCUCUCUACUCCCUCACCCUGCUGAAUUAUCUGGAAGUUAGCCAGUGCCCGAGUUUGACAGAGAUCCACGAGGACAUCCAACAUCUGACAAACCUCCAAAGCCUCAUCCUGUGCAGGAACAAGCUCGCCUCCAUCCCAGAUGUUUUCGGUAGCCUGAAGUCCCUGAAGGUCCUGGACCUUUCAGUCAACAACCUCAGUGUGUUACCAGAAGGAAUCACUCAGUUAAAGGAGCUAAACACUCUAAAUGUGAGCUGUAACAGCCUGGAGGUCCUACCAGAGGGGCUGAGCCAGUGCACCAAGCUCUCCACCAUCAACAUCUCCAAGAAUCUCAUCACCUGUUUCCCUGCCGAUUUCUACUCCGAGAGGCUGGAUCUCCUCAGCACACUGGUCGCCUCUGACAACUCUAUUGAGCAGCUGAGUGGAGAUGUGCACAAGCUAGCUGCCUUAAAGGUGCUCGAUCUCUCUAACAACAAGCUGAGAGAGAUCCCGUCUGAUCUGAGCGACUGCCCCAAGCUAAAGGACAUCAACUUCAAAGGUAACAAGUUAAGCGACAAACGUCUGGAGAAGAUGGUCAACGGCUGCCAGACUAAGUCCAUCCUCGACUACCUCAGAGGAAAAGGAAAAGCAAAAGGAGAGGACGGAGGUGAUGCAGAUGGGGGUCGCAAGGCAGACAAAGGGAAAAGACAGCAGAGGAAGAAGAAGGAGAAGGUAGCGGAGGAUGAAGUGGAGGAUCUGAACAAGAUGGUGGUGAGGGUCCUCCACAUUUCGGACACUUCUACAGCACCCAAAGUCACAGUGAGUGCAGAGGUGAAAGAUGUUCGACCAUACUUGGUGUGCUGCGUGGUCAGAGGCAUGAACCUCAAGCCUGGGAAUGCUCUCAAACGUUUCCUGAUGGCUCAGACAAAGCUUCACGAUGAAUUGUGUGGUAAAAGGACCACAGCAACCAUUGCAACCCAUGAUGUGCAGCUUCUCAAAGCUCCCCUAAUUUAUGAUGUCAAACCCCCGACUCAGCUGAAGGUUGUGCCACUGGGUCGGAAGGAGAUGACGGCUGUCGAGCUGAUAAGACACCUUCAGCUGGAGGCUGACGAGCUGAGGAAGCAGAAGAAGAGGCAGAACGUCACUGGCCUCCACAAAUACCUGCAGCUUCUACAGGGUAAAACAAUGUAUCCCUGCCUCGUGGAUGCAGAGGGACAUGUAAUAUCUUUCCCACCUAUUACCAACAGUGAGAAAACCAAGAUCAAGAAGACAACCAAAGAAUUGUUCUUGGAGGUGACGAGUGCAGUCAGCCUGCAGACCUGUAAAGACGUUAUGGACGCUCUGAUUGUGAAAAUGGCAGAGCUAAACAAGUUUACUGCGGAGCAUAGGGAGGAGGCGGGGUCGGACGGGGAAGGGGACGGUCCACAAGAGCCUGCUGGUGAGAUCUCCAGUGAACUCAUUGUCCAGCAGGUCCGCACAGUGGACCAGGACGGUAACCUGAAGGUCGUCUACCCAUCAAAGACCGACCUCUCCAAUGACAUCAGCAACUUGACCGUCAUUUGGUAGCCGUGCUAUAAAUAACCCCUGAUGUUUACACUCAUUCACACGCUACAUGAAGUAAUUGUAACAGAUUAACGUUGUGGGACAUUAAGGCUAAGGUUUGACAAUGGCAACAAAAUUAAAUCAUUUUACUUCAGGGAGCACGGGAAAUCUGAUCCUUUAACAUUUUUUUCAUGAUUGUGUUGCCUGUUGAAGAAUGUUAACAUUUCUGAUUAAUGCACAGGUUUUUGGACGGCAUGUGGUAAAAUGUUUAAAAAAUAAUAAUUUUGCAGAAAAACCAUUAGAAUGACAAACCAUAUGUCCAAAUAUCCUUAUUUUUCUAUUAUUUACAAAUUAAAGAAAAUUGUCCGUUGGUAAAAAUAAUUUUGCUCAAUUUAUAUUUUAACUUGGACUUGUCUGGAGAACUGAAACAUUUCUGUGACUAUUUAUCAACUUAAUGAUCCCUUUAACCUGCAUCAAAUAACAUCUGCCUUAGACUAAAUAAAAGAUACUCCUGUUUUCAGUCA